AUGUUAGUUAAACAUUUUGGUGGCUGCCUUUGUGGUUUAGUUAAAUUUGAAGUUGAAGCUCCAGCUAAUUUGUCAGUAAUUCGAUGCAAUUGUUCCAUAUGUUGUAAAAAGCAGAAUGAUUAUUUUAUUGUAUCUAAAGAUAAAUUUAUACUUCUGACCGGUAGUGACCAAUUGACAACAUACACAUUCUGUACACAUACAGCCAAGCAUAUGUUUUGCCGUCAAUGUGGUGUACAAAGUUUUUUUCAACCACGCAACAAUCCAGAUGUUUAUGGAAUAAUGCCACAUUGUAUUGAUUCAGAAACAAUAAAAUCCAUCGAAUAUAUUUAUUUUGAUGGACAAAAUUGUGAAACGUCAAUGAAUGAACUUAUAAAAAGUGGAAAUAACAAUCCAUUUUGUAUUGAAGAAAACAAACAAUGA